AUGUAUCUGGAAAAUAAGAGCGACCUGGACCUGAAGUCCCCAGCAGCAGCCCCUGGCCUCCAGGGAAGGUCCAGUCUGAGGACAGCGGAGGCAGUGGCAGGGGGCUACGGUGAGGUGGCGGGGAACUUUGGAGGUCUGCGUCUGCUGGAGGGGUUCUCAGGAAGGAUAGAGUCUCAGAAACUACAACAGGCCUCGGCCAGAUCCCCGGGGAACUGUGUUAUGCAUGCUGAAGACAGACAGAGCUUCAGUAUGGUCAACUUUCUGAAGGGAAACACCAACCAGACGGGGUCCAACCACACAGAGAGAUCUCCCCUCAUCAGGUUCUCCCAAGAUGACAGUAUAACGUACAUGACCCUGUACGAGGGGGAGGAGACGUGGGACAACAGCAGUUUGGAGCUGGAUAGGAGGUGUCGUCUGGGGAGUGAGGUCACCAGCCUCUCCCUGUCACGAUCCUCCUCCACAGAGAAAGACCCUCUGGACGUACACCUAAACUUCAAAUUGUCCAACAGCAUGAGAUCUUGCAUCUCCAUCUUUAAAAUCGCCUGUAUCUUCACCUUUGUCGUCCUCAUGUCUUUGUUCUUCAGUAUGUAUCCAGACAGAGACAACCCAUGGAGGAUGCUGGCUGUCUCCCCUACUGAGAGCUUCUCUUUGAACCUGACGGAUUUCCAUGACAACGCCUUGCUGAAGCUGCAGGUGGGCGGGCCUUUCGUGAGUGGCAUGGUGGAUCUGACCAAUGAGGAGUACAUCCUUAUUCAGGUGGAGCAGACUGAAGAGGCGGGGCCACGGAGAAGGCGGGUCCAGACGGUGAUCUAUAACUGGACCAUACCUCUGCGUUCUGAACGGAGUGACCAGGUUAUAACAACUAAAACAUUUGAGAUGUUGAGCAGUGACCCCAUCAUCAUUACGGUGCAGGCGUUCGUCCAGGACAACUCCAUGGUCCCUCUCUCCAUGACCCACCAGUCGCUCUACGUCACCAGGGAAAGGCAGGUGGUCAUUGCUGCAGUCAUCCUGGGGGGAGUUUACGUCCUCAUCAUCUUCGAGAUUGUCCACCGUACUCUGGCGGCCAUGUUGGGAUCUCUGGCUGCCCUGGCUGCUCUGGCCAUGAUCGGAGAUCGUCCCAGUCUUAGCACUGUGGUGGAGUGGAUCGACUAUGAAACUCUGGCUCUUCUGUUUGGCAUGAUGAUUCUAGUUGCCAUCUUCUCAGAGACUGGUUUCUUUGACUACUGUGCUGUGAAGGCCUACCAGCUGUCCAGAGGCAAGGUCUGGCCCAUGAUCAUCAUUCUGUGUCUCAUAGCAGCCAUCCUGUCUGCCUUCCUGGACAACGUGACGACUAUGAUGCUCUUUACUCCUGUCACCAUCAGGUUAUGUGAGGUCCUCAACCUUGACCCCAGACACGUCCUGAUAGCUGAGGUGAUCUUCACCAACAUCGGAGGGGCGGCAACAGCAGUCGGGGACCCCCCCAACGUUAUCAUCGUCUCCAACCAGGACCUCCGGAGGAGUGGGAUAGAUUUUGCUAGUUUCACGGGCUACAUGUUCCUGGGGAUCUGUCUGGUCCUUCUCACCUCCUUCCCUUUCCUUCGCCUGCUCUACUGGAACAAGAAGCUAUACAACAAGGAGUCCAGCGAGAUCGUCGAGCUGAGGCAUGAAAUCCGUGUAUGGAGGCAGACAGCCCAGCGUAUUAGCCCGGCCAGCAGAGAGGAGACGGCUGUCAAGUGUCUACUGAUGCAGAAGGUCCUCAACCUGGAGAGCGUGCUCCGCAAGCAACUCAAAACCUUCCAGAGACAGAUUUCUCAGGAAGAUAAGAACUGGGAGAAUAACAUUCAGGAGUUGCAUAAAAAGAACAGAAUAACAGACCGAGUACUCCUGGUGAAGUGUAUAUCUGUGCUGGGGGUCGUGAUCUUCAUGUUCUUCCUGAACUCCUUUGUUCCCAGCAUUCAUCUGGAGCUGGGUUGGAUAGCUAUUUUCGGGGCCCUGUGGCUGCUGGUGCUGGCUGACAUCCAGGACUUUGAGAUCAUUCUGCACAGAGUGGAGUGGGCCACACUGCUGUUCUUCGCUGCUCUGUUUGUUCUCAUGGAGGCUUUGGCCCAGCUUCAGCUUAUCGACUAUAUUGGUGUGCAGACGGCCCUGCUCAUAAAAGCCGUGCCAGAAGAGCAGCGUUUGGCCAUGGCCAUCAUCCUGGUCAUGUGGGUCUCAGCUCUGGCCUCCUCCCUCAUCGACAACAUCCCCUUCACCGCCACCAUGAUCCCUGUCCUCAUCAACCUGAGUCAAGAUGCAGACGUCAACCUGCCUAUCAAACCCCUUAUCUUUGCACUGGCCAUGGGAGCCUGUCUGGGAGGAAAUGGAACGUUGAUUGGUGCGUCGGCCAAUGUGGUGUGUGCAGGCAUCGCUGAACAACAUGGCUACGGCUUCUCCUUCAUGGAAUUCUUCAGGCUAGGCUUCCCCAUGAUGCUAAUGACCUGUACCAUAGGGAUGUGCUACCUGCUGGCCACAAUCAUCGGACUGGGCUGGACCCUCUAACCUGCUCCUCACUGCACUACCAAAGAGAGACUGUUUGAGUGAAUGUUUAGAUACAGAGAGUUUCAAAGUGUUGGACGCAGCUCAAAAGCCACAUGGAGAUCAAUCGAUCCUUCACAGAUUCAAAGUUGCAGCUCAUUUGGAAAGUGGUGGACAUCAUCUCGAGUACUUAGUCACAUUGCAGUUGUAAUAUGCAGUAGUUAGCCUACAACAGCAGUACAACAACAAUGAUGUGUUGUAACAUGAGGAAAACAAGCUAAACCAAGUGAAUGGAUUAUAAUCUACACUACAUGGCCUCAGUCUAUAGAUCUCUCAAUGGUUCUCUUCAGACUACAGCCCUCUCUUAUCUCUCAUGGUGCUCUUCAGUCUACAGCCCUCUCGUAUCUCUCCAUGGUGCUCUUCAGUCUACAGCCCUCUCUUAUCUAUCCAUGGUGCUCUUCAUUCUACAGCCCUCUCGUAUCUCUCAAUGGUGCUCUUCAGUCUACAGCCCUCUCUUAUCUCUCAAUGGUGCUCUUCAGUCUACAGCCCUCUUAUGUUUCCAUAGUGCUCUUCAGUCUA